UCUUUACGUGCACGAAAAAAACUUCCGGUACUCUUCUCGAUGUUCUCACAUUGAUUUCAGCACCACAAAUUUCAUCACCUCUGGCUCUGGCAUCUCGUUUUUUACCAAUUCUCGCUGCUCGCUUUUUGUUCUCAGUUUGAAACUAGUCUGUGUAAUUCGCAAAAUGGUUCUGGAUAUUGAUCUGUUUCGCGAGGAGAAGGGGGGAAACGUUGAACUGAUUCGCGACUGUCAGCGCAAACGCUUUAAAGACCUUGGUUUAGUUGAUCAGGUCCUUCAAAACGAUAUCGACUGGCGCAAAUACCGUUUCGCUGUCGAUCAGUGGAAUAAAUGGAAGCGGUCUGGCAGCAAGGAAAUUGGCGAACGCAUGAAGAAAAAAGAGGCUCAAGAUGGAACCGAUGGAGGCCUUCCAUCUUCCUUGGAGUUGGUGUUGGAAGAAAUGUCCUUGGAGGAAAUCAAGACUCUUAACAUUCCCCAGCUGAAGACUCUGGGCUCAAAGAUUGACGAAGAGAUUGACAAAUGCACCAAGAAAAUGGAAGAACUGGACGAGAAGCGCAGUGCCGCUCUGCGAGAAAUCGGGAAUCUCCUUCACGACAGUUGCAUCAUUAGCAAUAACGAGGAUGAAAAUGGUGUGGAGCGAACGUUCGGGAAUAUUGAACAGAAAAAAAAGUAUUCGCACGUUGAUCUGAUUGCGAUGGUGGAUGGGUUUGAUGGAGAUCGCGGCUCGGUUGUUGCCGGUGGUCGCGGAUAUUAUCUGUUGGGCCCCGCUGUCUUCCUCGAACAAGCAUUGAUACAACUUUCUUUGAGACUUUUGGAUAAAAAAGGAUAUAAACCGAUGUACACGCCCUUUUUCAUGCGCAAGGAAAUCAUGCAGGAAGUGGCACAACUGUCUCAAUUUGAUGAAGAAUUGUAUAAGGUUGUGGGGAAAGGCAGCGAAAAUAAAGAGGAUGUUUCCGUUGAUGAGAAAUAUUUGAUUGCCACGUCUGAACAGCCCAUUGCGGCGUUUCACCGGGACGAAUGGAUUCCCGCUGAUCAGCUACCCAUUCGUUAUGCUGGUAUUUCUUCGUGUUUUCGCCAGGAAGUGGGAUCGCAUGGACGUGAUACGACAGGCAUCUUCCGAGUUCAUCAAUUUGAAAAAGUUGAACAAUUUUGUAUUACUUCGCCACAUGAUGGUGAGUCUUGGAAAAUGAUGGAUGAAAUGAUUGGAAACGCGGAAAACUUUUGCCAGGUUCUCGGUAUUCCAUACCGAAUUGUUAAUAUUGUCUCAGGAGCCCUAAACAACGCUGCAGCCAAAAAACUGGAUUUAGAAGCUUGGUUUCCUGGUAGUGGCGCUUUUCGAGAGCUGGUAUCAUGUUCUAACUGCACCGAUUAUCAAUCACGUCGUCUCGCUAUACGCUAUGGGCAAACGAAAAAAUUGAACGAUAAGGUGGAAUACGUGCAUAUGCUUAAUGCCACCAUGUGCGCUACGACUAGAGUGAUUUGCGCUAUUUUGGAGAAUUUCCAGGAUGAUAACGGUAUUGUUGUUCCCGAACCACUGAGACCGUAUAUGCCUGAAAGAUAUAAGGAAAGAAUUCCAUUCGUAAAGCCUGCUCCUAUCGAUGAAAUUGCCAAGAAACAGGCUGGAAAAUCAAAGACGAAGGAAGAUUUGGCUGGAGGUGACUCGAAGUAAUGCGAUUCAAAUGGGUUUUAACUCGAAGUAGUACUUAAUGUUUCCGCUUUUUUCGGUUUCUUUUGUGGUUUUUUCUUAUUGAUAAGAUCGCUCGCUUUUGCAGUAACACGCGCAGUUUCAUGGAUUGCUGUUUUAUCUUGUUUGCAGUCAUUAAAGUUCAGUAAUCGCAAGUGACUGGUAUAGAUGAAAAUACCCUUGUCAAAAAAUUUGGUAGUACGAUGAACACCUGCUGGAUUAUGUCCUUGCAGGGAAGCUAU